GAAACUAACACGAUUCUUGAAGUACUUUGCUUUGCUGAUGCACCCUGGCGAUGAGCCGUACAAUAGAGCCUUCAACAAGGUGCCAAAGGCACCCGCCUGUGCCCCCUGCCAUCGCCAAGCCAGUGGUACGAUUUAGUCUGCAGAGCUCCUCUGUAAUCUAUCUCCGGCAAUAUCUGUGCUGCGGGCUGUAUGACUGGCUCAGCGUCGCCUCUGGGGAAUUUGUAGCAUCCAGCCAUUGGCAUCUUCUCGCGGCGGAAGCUCAACCAUUUGGAGAGAAAGAAUAAUAAUAAUAAUCAGAAAAAAAAUCCUGAGCAGGAGGAGCGCAUGUUGUCUGCCUCGUCGCCUGGGUGUUUUGGGGAAGCAUAGAAAGGAGGGGGGCAGCUGCUCCGGCUGCCCUGUUUAGGGGCUGAAGUUCCUAGUGCUACUGGACUGUGUGUGUGCAACACACGGGGAAAGGGGGGGGGGGAGUGGUGCCAGACUUGCCGCACAGGACUUAGAGCAAACACACACACACACAUCUACGUCUGGUUUGAGAGAGAGAUUAAAACAUUUCAUGUCUGAUGGCCUCUGGCACAAACAAGAUUCAUCAGCCCGGGACUUGCAAUGAAGCUAAAGCCGCUCACUGCAGCUCGACAGAGGAAGGCAACCAGGAACUCCACCUGAAAAUGUGCAAGAAGAUUGCCCAGCUCACCAAGGUGAUAUAUGCUUUGAACACUAAAAAUGACGAGCAUGAGGCCAGUAUACAGGCUCUUAAAGAAGCCCAUCAAGAGGAAAUUCAGCGCAUCCUUGCUGAGACAAGGGAAACCAUUCUCCAAUAUAAAUGUAAAGUAGGAGAAGAGCAGGAGCUACGAAAGCAUAUUCAGAACCUUGAAGAUACACUGGAGCAACACACAAGGCUAAAGGAGGAAACCUUAGCAGAAUUUACCAUGUGCAAGAAGCAGGUGGAAGAGAAGGCAUUCAGAACAGAGGCAAAACAUACUGAAAGGAUCAUUACCCUUUCCAAGGAGAUGCUAGAUACAAAGACAGACUUUGAAAACAAGCCUCAACAUUUCAACCAGGAGUCCGAGAGCCUGGUAAAUGAAUGUAAGCCAUUUAGGCAAGAUAAAUUGGAUAAAAAGGAGACAAUAGAUGAAAAAUGUAGCACAGAGUUGCAAGCUCUAAUUAAUGAAAUGGAAAACCUCAAGAGAGAGAACCAGAAAAUAACUGAAGAAUAUGCUCAGAAAGCCAGCAAACUACAAGCCUCUUACAAGAAAGAAAAAGAGACUUUGAAAAAAACCAUGCAGCAGUCAGUGGCCGAUACACAGCAACAGUGCCAGCAAAGAGCAACAGAGCAAAAGAAAAACUCUGAGGCCCAGGAAGCUGCUUUGCGGCAGCAGGCGAAGAAGCUGGAAGCUGAGCUGGAGGUGAAAGGCCAGAAGAUAAAUGAGUUGAAGAAGCAUUCCCAGAAGCUGAAGGAGAGGAUGCAGGACUUGGAAAUACAGCUUAAGGAGUCUCAACAAGAGACUCUGGAUUCCCAAAGCACCGUGCAAAAACUGGAAGAAGAACUGACUGUAGCCAAAGAGAGGCUCAUGCUCCAGAAGAAUGAAAUACUGAGUAACGCAGAAGAAAUGGAAACUGUACUGAAUUCCCAAAGCAAAGCUGAGAAAGAAGUAGAUGAACUGAAGAAUCAAAUAAUGCAGCUGCAGCAAAUGAUCUCCACCAAACAAAGCCAAACAAAGAAAGGCAAUGAAGACACACAGGUGCUUACACAGCCCAUGGAAGCUGCAGCUACUGAAAUAGAAGAUAUAAAGCAACAGCACAAAGAAGAACUUUGUAAAAUUAAACAACAGUCAGAUGAGGAGAAAAUGCGUUUGAAGGAGCAGCUUGUGAAGGGGUUGGAAGAUCUUGUAAAGAAACACACAAUGGAAAUCAAAUCUGCUCAAACCUCCAUGGAAGCUGAAAGAAAAACAUUGCAGAAGGAGAUACAGUUAGAGGAAUUAAGAAAGAAUGCUGAGAAUGAAAUAAAGCAACUAGAGAAGGAGAAAGAAGCCCUAAGUAGGAAACUUCAGGACUCUUCACUUGAGGUUUUAAGACUUGAAGAUUUUAUCAGGCAAAAUCAGGACAUUCCCAGAUACAAAGAAUUUCUUCAAUCUCACUCCAGAAAAAAUUAUGAGAGGCAACAGGAAUCAGAUAGCCCGCACUGCGGAACUAGUGAGGCACAGAAGCCGUUUCUGCAGCAGAAAGACAGGUAUAAACUGCAGAGAGAAAAGGGCAAAGGCCAAGAGCCCUUAAGAGCACAGACAGGGACCAGAAAUGAAGUCAAGCCACGGCUGGAAAAUGCACGUGUUCCCAGAAGGGAAGACAGGCAGCCUUCUCUUACUUCUUUACAGAAAGAGAAGGCAAAAGAAGCAAAACUUUUGCAGAAGGAAUGGCACAACCAAAAGAUGGAUUUACAAGCUCAGGUUGCUCAGCUGCAGCAAACAUUAGACCAACAAGCAAAUAACUUCAAAGAAUCUCUGAAGGAGCAGACUCUACAGUUCAGCAAAGAGAGGGAGAAGCUUUUGCAGGAUCUUCAAGACACCAUUCAACAAAGCCAGAAUGUUAAAGCACAGUUGGAGGCAUCACAUCAGAUCGCUCUACAAAUACUAGAGAAAAACAAAAAUCAGGAACUCAAGGAGGCAGAAGAACAUUUGAAGAAAAAAUAUGAUGACAGCAUCAAAAUCCAACAUCACGCUCACAGAUUGGAAGUACAGGCUUUGGAAGAGAAGGCAAAGAAAGAAUUACACGGUGAACUUGAACAGACACAAAAACAACAAGCUGCAUGGAUAGAAACUCUGAGGAUGGAGCUGUCGGAGCAAUACGCAUCCUGCACUGGUCACAAAAAACAAAUGGAAGAACUCCUGAUGGAGCUGAAGAAUGUGAGAGCAUUGAAGAAGCAACAGGAAGGAAGUAACCAAAACCAGAUGAAAUUUCUAAAUGAGGAACUGGAGAAAUGUCAGAAUGAGAUUGCUGGGCUCAAGAAAGAGAAUUCGCUUCUAAAGGACACAAUGGAGCUGCUUAGUCCAGAGAUGGACUUACAGAAGCAAGAGUCUACACAGCUUUGGGACAAGGAGAAGAAACACAGGCUACUGGAAGAAGACCUCAAAGUCAAGCACCAGAAAGAACUAGACAUCUUGAAACAAGAGCAUCGUAAGGAAAUCCAGAACAUGAUCGCUGAUUUCAGCAGUGCUCAGGCCCAUCUCCAAGCAAAGAUUGUCUCCCUAGAAACUGAACUUAAAGAAUUAGAAGAGAAACCAAGAAAGCGAGAGUCCAGGCCAGAAGAUAUGCACCUUAUAGGCUGCUUGCAAAAUAAAUUAAGUGAGAGAGAAGAAAUUAUCAAACAACUGACGGAGGGAAGAAAAUUUCAGCAUUUGCUUUUACCCAGCACUGAAUCUCAUCCAAAUAGAUCCUUUUCUUUCAACCCUAAUCCUGGAUGCUUAACUCCUUCCAUGAAGCAGAAGAAACUGAAUGAGGUGCCAAGCCGUGUUAUCAGUGUUCCGAAUUUAGCCUCCUAUGCAAAGAACUUUUUGAGCUGUGACUUGAGAUCAAAGAGAAAUUCCCCUCCAAUAACUAAAUCGACAAGCUUAGACCAGAGUGCUGGCUGCAUCAGGGCCAGCUAUCCAUCAGCACAGUCAUCAGACAGUAACCAGGCCACAAGGGCACAAGGCAACGAAGCACCCAUAACCAAAGAUGACCAGAAACAAGACCCUCAGCAUCAGGAAUGGUUUACUAAAUAUUUUUCAUUCUAAAACCAAUUAUUUCCAGAGUACUCAGAAAGAUGACCUCAGAUAAUUUUACACGCUUCUGUGAAAUGUUUAAUCAGGGUACUGACUGGAAAAAAAAAUUGAGCUGCACACAGCUGCCUAGGAAUCUAAGUAUGCUUGGCAUCCAGACACUAUGGGAUUAGAGGGUGGGCGCCUUAGAAAUAUAUAUUAUUAUUAUUAUUAUUGUAAAAAUGAAGGCAGGUUAGGUGAAAAAUUAUGGGUAUGUUGUCAUCUCAAUAGCACAGGAAGAGUCUUUCAUAUCAAGAUAGGAACCAUUUCACAGGCAGAGUGCUGAACUUGUUCCCCAGUGACUCCUGUCCGGCUCUCUUUUAAGAAAACACCUUAACUUUAUUUUGUGCAUGUUUUAGUAUAAAUCAUAUGUGAUUUCAUAUUUAUUACAUCCCAUGCUUUCUUUUCCCUUUUUUUUUUUGCUGUUUAAUAUUCAAAUAAAAUAAAUUGACGGGAAUUACUUUUAGAGGGUGUUUGUUUAAUCUGGUAGUUGUUUUAAAUUUGUUGUACAGUGUACUGAGAGACAAUGUCUGCAGAGUGCUUUAGAAUUAUUAAUAUAAUUAGAAUGGGGAAGUAUCCCUUUUGCAGUUGUAUAGACAGCUCAUUACGUCAUUCUCAAUAAACAUAUUUAAGGAUCAGUCUGGAAAAUUCAGGAUAACGUUCAAUUAUGAAUAUUAAUAAAAUACUUGCUUACAGAUAAAAUUAGUGUUUUACACUUUAAUUCAUUAUGCAGAAUUUUGAACCAGACUGUGUACAAUUCAUAAAGCUUCAAGUUUAUGAAAGAUGGGUAUUCAGUACAUUCCAUCCAUGUGUAUCUUCAAUAUGUCUACCUCUGGUAUCUAAGCACCAGGUACAUCAAUCCACUGGGAGGACCAAAUUAUUCAUAUCUUACACUGCUUUUUUAAGUGGGUCAUUCUUGAUUGCUGUUGCUCAUCAUUCUGAGGGAAGAUUUGCAUAAAGAAAUGUGCAUUUUACAGUAAAUUACCACCAUGAAGCUGGCAUAGCUGUGUCUCACCCUGAUCUUGGAUAGCAAGGAGUUCCACAUCUGAGAGCCUACUACUGAAACAUCCACCAGCCUCCAGGACUUCUGCUCUGUUAGCCUAUUGUUGUUUGGAAACAAGUAGUUUGGUUCUGAAAGGGAUUCAAGACAAUUUAGUUUACGGACAGAAUGUUUGGUAA